CUCGCCACAGCCUGCGCCUCGGUGCCGGUACCGUGGCCUGUGGGAAUAGUUUGUUGCUCGCCUGCUCAAGAUCGACAAGAGGAUGGCUAGUGGGAAGCUGUUCCGUGCCAUCAUCAUGGGAGCCCCCGGGUCCGGCAAGGGCACGGUUUCGGCGCGCAUCGUGAAGGGUUUCAACCUGAAGCACAUCUCGAGCGGUGAUCUGCUGAGAUCGAACAUAGCGAAAGGCACGGAGCUGGGACGGAUCGCCGACAAGUACAUCAAGGAAGGCAAGCUGGUGCCGGACAUUUACAUAACAAAGUGCAUCCUGAGUGAGCUCGAGCAGAUCCGAUCGCACUCGUGGCUGCUGGAUGGUUUCCCCAGGACACGUGAGCAGGCCGACGAUCUGUGGGGGCAGGAGCGCAUCGAUUCGGUCAUCAAUCUGGAUGUGCCAUUCGACGUGAUAAUCGAUCGGAUACAGAGCCGCUGGGUGCAUCUGCCUAGUGGGCGCGUGUACAAUGUUGGCUUCAACGACCCGAAGGAACCGGGCCGGGAUGAUGUUACCGGGGAACCGUUGAGCCAGCGACCCGACGACAAUCCGGUGGCCGUGCGUAACCGCCUCGAAGUGUACGACGCCUGUACCAGACCGAUCAACGAGUACUUUGAGCGCAAAGGGGUGUUGGCAACGUUCAAGGGAAGCACAACCGAUGAAAUUUGGCCGCAUGUAAAGAAAUACCUCGAAGCCAAACUACAAUGAAGCGACGAAUAUCGUGCUCCUAGGGUAGAGGGAGGUAAGGCGUUUGAGGGACAAUCGUUGGCCUCAGCUUGAUAAUUCCACAUAUCGUAGGUAGGGGUAGGGGUCCCCUAAAAAUAUCCGAUAAGAUAAUGGAAGCACAAAAUAGGUUAUUCAAGUAAUUCCAAAAACCGCGUGGCGACAAUAAACUCUUACAGUGGGUAAUAAAAUGAUGAAACAAUCAA